AGUAACACUGGACAAGAAAAGCUGGAGUCUCUCAGGGAAGGAGACAUCCGAUCUAUGAUUAUGUGUGGCUGUUAAAGUACCACAGAAUCAUGGUGCCUCCUAAUGACACACAGUUCCAUCCCAACUUUUUUGCCCUGCUGGGAAUUCCAGGGCUAGAAUAUGUGCACAUGUGGAUUGGUUUUCCAUUUUGUGUUGUGUAUUUGACCGCUCUACUGGGAAAUAUUACAAUUCUUUCUGUGAUUCAGACUGAACACAGUCUCCAUCAUCCCAUGUUCUACUUCCUGGCUAUUCUGUCAUCUGUUGACCUGGGCCUGUCCACAUCCACUGUUCCCAAGAUGCUUGGAAUAUUCUGGUUCAACCUGAGAGAAGUCACCUUUGAAGGCUGCCUGAUCCAGAUGUUCUUCAUUCACCUAUGCACUGGCAUGGAGUCUGCUGUGCUUCUGGCCAUGGCCUAUGAUCGCUAUGUGGCCAUCUGUAACCCUCUUCACUACACAUUGGUGCUGACAAAUAAGGUGGUAUCAGCUAUAGCAUCAAUCAUCCUCCUGAGAUCCCUAGCCUUUGCAAUCUCCUUUGUUCUGCUCAUCCUAAGAUUACCAUUCUGUGGACACCGAGUCAUCUCCCACACAUACUGUGAGCACAUGGGUAUUGCUCGCCUGUCCUGUGCCAGCAUAAAGGUCAAUAACAUAUUUGGCUUAUGUGCCAUCUCCAUCUUGGUAUUGGACAUCAUAGCCAUUGUCAUCUCCUAUGUCUACAUCCUCCUUGCUGUCUUCCGCCUACCUUCCCAGGAUGCUCGACUGAAGGCACUCAGUACUUGUGGCUCACAUGUGUGUGUCAUGUUGGCCUUCUACACUCCAGCAUUUUUCUCCUUCAUGACUCACCGAUUUGGCCAAAAUGUUCCUCAAUACAUUCACAUUCUUUUGGCCAACUUUUAUGUUGUCAUCCCACCUGCUCUCAACCCUAUUAUUUAUGGGGUCAGAACUAAGCAGAUAAGAGAAAGGGUAAUUAUAACUUUCAGAUAUAAAUUGUGAAAUUUGAUCUUCAGAGAUUUGAGUAGGAGAAAAUGGAACUUAUUCUCUACUCUCAAAAAUAUAACACUAGAAUGUUUGAGUAAGAUGGUAUUGUAUAUGCAGAUGUAUAAAGUGUUUUAUUCAUCUUAGAAAAAACAAACCAAAAGAAACAAUA